AUGGACUGGCUGCUAGAGGGCUUCCUUGGGGCUAAGGGGGACAAGGGGAGUCUCUGUGGCCAGCUGACCCAUGCCCUCGCCUGCAGACACUGUGGCAGCAGCUGCCUCCAGAGUACAGGGAAUUUAGUGAUACUAUUCCUGUUCAUGAUUUGGCAGAUCCGAAAGUGGUGGCAGCUUGGGAGCUGGCAACAUCUUCAGCCCUGGUACUCUGGAGAUGUGAUGCAAGGCAAGGGCCUACCACUUCUGUACCAGGUGGCUUUCCUUGGUCAUCUGUGGAGGCAGAAGUCAGAAGAGGAAGAAGAGGAGGAAGAAGAGGAUAAAGAAGAGACAGUAUCUUUGGAUCCAUGUUUUCCCAAAGCUCCCACUGGAGAGCAAGCUCCCACAGCCCCAUCCAAACCAUUCUGUGAUUCUGAGAGCCUCCACAAGGCCAUAGGGACACCAGAGCAAGGACUCAUGCAGACUCCAAGCCCUUCCAGAUCAUUCCCCACCUUUCAGAUCCUGACCAACCUGCCUGUGAGGCAUAAGACAGCAUCAGGGAGUCAUCUACAGCAGAGAAAAAGCCAGCUCUUCUGGGGACUCCCCUCUCUGCACAGUGAGUCUUUGGAAGCUAUGAUCCUGAGCUCAGGUGGCCCCUCUCCCCUGAAGUUACUUGUUGGUCCUUCUGUCUACUUCAACAAGUUUUCCUUCCUGCAUGGAUCCAACCUGCUGUUUGCCCAGUAUUGCUCCCCAACCCAGCUUCCUACCCAUAAAGUCCAUACUACAAAAGAUCUGGAAGAGAUGGCUAAUGAUCUGCAGCAACUUCCCCCUCCAUCUUUCUCUUCUGUCCCAUCCCCACCACUCCAUCUUAAGUCCUUUCCCAUAGACCUCAAAGGAGUCCGUUCUGGUGCUCAAGCACAUACACAAACUCCAGGGAGUCAAUCCCUGGGAGUUUCACCUGGAUGUGAGACUCAGUGGAGAGCCACAGGACAUAAAAAGAGUCCUCAAGCUUCUAAACUCCCAAUGCCAGCCCCGUACCAACCCCCCAAUUCUCUGUCAGAAUCCCAGAAGGUCAGCUCUGAAGGAGGAUCUUCUAUACUUAAUGACUUCUGGGGAACCAUGGGGCACAGACAGAAACCUGAGACCUCCAGGUCUCCAAUGCCAACCCCCUGUCCUCCCUCAGACCCCCUGCCAGAACUCCAGAGAGGCAGUCCCAUGGGAAAUUUAUCUGGAUACAAGCCUCACUGGGGAUGCAAAGAAAAUUCAGGAAACCCACAGGCCUUUGAGCCCCCAACCUUGGACCUCAACCCUGGGUUCUAUGGAACUAGCCCUGCACGUGUUCCAUCAGGAUCUGAGACUUUAUGGAAAGACAUGCAAAACAGAGAAAAUAUUUGGGUCUCUGUAGACUCAGUUUCCUCUCCCAGCCUUCCCUCAUCCUGUCUGCUGGAGUCUCUAGGAAUGGGACCCACGGCAGUCCUGUCUAAGUCCAAAGAUUUGUGGGAGACCAUGGGGCAGACAGAGAACCUCUGUACCUCUGAGUCUACAGCCCCUUCAUGGGGGGACAUGAAGCUGAGGGAAAUCUGUUGUGUUCCUGUGUCCACGUUCUGGAACCAUAACCCACAUCCACACUCUAUGUCAAAGUUUCACUUAAGUGAGCCUAUAGGAGACCAAGGCAACUGUAAGCGUGAGGGGGAAGCAGUAGAACAGAGAGAGAACUACUGGGUCAUGCAGCAACCAGCCCCACCUCCCAACACACACACUGCUCAUCUACCAGAUCCACACAUUGACCUUGAGUUUGUGUGGAAGAAUGUGCAACAAAAACAGAUCCCCCAGGGCCCCAGCCCUCCAGCAAUGGAUCCCCUGGCGCCAAUACCCUGGCCUCCCACCCUAGCUAAGGCUCUGAAGACUGAGCUCAACCAGUCUGGCCUACACAAGGAUGAGCUGUUCCUAGAAGCUAAGGCAGAGAUCCCACCCUCCCAGAGAGAGGCUGUCCCAGAGAUGUCCACCCACUCUGGAAUCCAGGCCUGGCACUGGAGUAGAGAAUUAGAACUCAGGCUAAAAAAACUACAGCUUAGCUCUGCUUCCAGAACCCCUGGCCCAAGUCAAUCAUUUGGCAGCUUCCCUGCCCUGAGUUCCACAACUCCAGAUACUUGGAGACGCUUUUCCUGCCCCUCACAGCAGACUCAUCACCCCAGUCUGUGUUUCCACACUUCAAGCUGUCAUUCCCCAAAAGAUGAGAACACAAUAACUCAGCCUGUCCAGAUAUCCCACUAUUAUCACUCCCACUCUUCUUCCCAUCCUCAGCCACAAGGGUUUAGGACAGAACAAAUGUUUCAGAGAGAGCAAAGAAUGAAGGCAAAGAUGAUGGCCCAAGUGGCCCAGGUCUCACCUCAGGGAUCAUGUAUUCACAUGGAGGCUGAUGACAACUGCCCAGGCUUAAGAGAUCCCUCUAACUCUGAGGUUCCAGUCUCAGGUAACAGACAGGACAAGGCUUCAGUCCUAUCUUCAGCCAAAAAGACAGACAGCCCCAGGAAACCCAAAGCAGGAGACCACAGAAGAGCACAUGCAAGAUUGGGGUCAUCCACGGUUACAGGGAAGAGCCACCCAGCCCAGACCAGAAGACUAGUGGAGGCCCAUGGAGGCCGACUUUUCCAAAGAUCUCAGCACAGGAACCACAGAUCUCUACACAUCGUUCUCCCCAAGAAGCUUCACUCCAAGGGUACAGGGCCCCAAUAUAAGCAAGGGGCAGGGCUGAGAGCUGGUGAUAUCCUGAUCCCACGGCACUGUAAGCACUGCCCUUGGGCCCACAUGGAGAAGCAUCUGUCUUCCCCCACACCUCAGGCUCCCCUUAUUAGGGGUGUCCAAAGGGUGUUAGGCAAAUUUCUGGGUACCCAUGAACUCCUGCCCACCAAAUCCAGUCAGCAUGAUGAAAAAGCUGAGAGUACUGGCAUCUGA